GAUUGAACAAUCUAAUGGCAAACUGAUAAAAGCCUCAUAGACGACGUUAAAACAAAAAGUACAGUAAAAAGGUAAACUAUAUAUUACAGGCCCUAAAACUCCUACUAAGGUAACGUCAACGAGGCAACAUCUACAAACACGCCACACUCACAAACCAAACUCCGCGCCGUAAUGACGUCACACACCACAACACCCUUACGUCACGGGUCAAAGCCGACGCGUGAGAUCGGAUGUUUCUGUUGACCCGUCAAUGGCCUCUCAGACCAUAAUAUGCAGUUCCUUCUGUUAAAUGUUAAUACUGAACAGGAUAUAAAAUCUGUUAAAUCAGAGCUCAAGAGGGUAAUCAAUAAGCCAAAAAUUGAUUAUUUUAGGACACUCCUUGGAGACAUUCACUGGACUGAUGUUUACAGUGCUCAUGGUAUGAAUGAAAAAUAUAACACUUUUGCUAAUAAAGUGCUUACCUUAUUUGAACACUUGUUUUCCCCAAAAACUUACCAGGGUUAGAGCAAAGUCUACAAAGAAGCCAUGGAUUACUCAAGGAAUAGAGUUAUCUUGUAAAACAAAAAUAAAACUCUUAUCUGUCAAUCCGAAACAGUUCCGAUGUUGAUGGUAUAGCGCAUUACAAGAAAUACUGCAAAAUAUUAAAGACUGUAAUACGGACAUCAAAGCAAAUAUAUUACAAGGAAAAGAUAGUCAUAUCAGACAAAAUAAAGACAAUACGGGAUAUAGCGAAGGAGGAGACCGGUAGAACCAGACAUGAAGAGGAGCAAAUAGCAUUGAGAGUAAAUGAUACAUUGGUGACAGAUUUGUAUAGUGUUGCAAAACUUCUUAACAAACAUUUCAUAACUGUUACUGAAGUGAUGGAGUUGUCAGGUUCUGUAGAUGCUGCUAUGGAAUACCUCAGACCAGACAUUUCAAGUAACCUCCGUAAUAUGAAUUUCACCCUCACUACCCCAGCAGAAAUAAUGUCCAUCAUAAAAUCUUUAAAAUCAAAAACAUGUAGUGGGUAUGAUGAAAUAUCAACAAAGCUAAUUAAAGAAGAGUUAAGUAACAUAUUAAGCUAUCUGUGUAACCAGUCAUUUAUCAGCGGAAUAUUUCCUGAAUGGUUAAAAUAUGCUGAAGUUGAGCUACUGUUUAAGAAGGGAGAUAAAGAAAUAGCAUCAAAUUUCUGUCCAAUUUCACUUUUGCCAGCAUUCUCAAAAAUUUUAGAAAAAGUAAUGUACAAUCUGCUUUAUAACCAUCUUAUCUCAAAUAACAUACUGUCAAAGAAGCGGUUCGGAUUUCUAAAGGGUUCUGAUAUUGAGAAGGCUAUCCAAACUUAGUGUGAAAAUGUGCUUAAUUCAUUAGUCAAAAAAUUGCAGGCAACUGGUAUAUUUUGUUAUCUGUCAAAGGCAUUUGACUGUGUAAAUCACAAUAUCCUUUUAAGUAAAUUAGAAUAUUAUAGUGGAACAGGAAAUGCUGCAAAAUGGUUCAAAUCUUAUAUAUCUGGCAGGAAACAAAGGGUGUUGUUAGGAAAGAGACAUGUAUCAAGCUAUCAGGCAUCAUCCAACUGGGAACUAAUUACAUGUGGGGGUCCCACAAGGUUCCAUUUUAGGGCCUUUACUUUGUCGUGUGUGUAUAACAAUGACCUUUCAUCAGUAACAUUACCAGAUGCCAAGUUGGUUUUGUUUGCCGAUGAUACAAACGCAAUAAAUAACAAAUCAAGUGUAGUCUUAGAAAGAUCAGCUAAUAAAAUAUUUGUGGACAUUAAUCAUUGGUUCCUAGCCAAUUCCUUGUCACUAAACUUUGAAAAAAACACACUACAUGCAGUUCAGAACUUGUAAGGGGUGUCCCACAAGUAAAUGCCUAACAUAAGAUGACAAGCAGAUGAAGAAGUGUACAGUGUUAAAUUCUUGGGAUUACAGCUUGAUAAUAAAUUCAACUGGGAAAAGCAUACCACAGAAAUGCUGAAGCGUCUUAACAAAUCUCUAUUUGCAAUGCGAAUUAUGUCAGACAUUGGGGAUAUAAAAAUGAAAAAGCUGGCAUACUAUGCUUACUUUAUUCCAUAAUGUCAUAUGGGAUUAUUUUUUGGGGUAAUUCAUCAAGCCAAGUUCAAGUUUUCUGGACACUAUGUGGUGUGAACUCAAGAACAUCCUGCAGAAUCAUGUUUAGGGAGCUAGGGUUACUAACUACUGCUUCCCAAUAUAUUUAUUCUUUAAUGAAAUUCGUCAUUAAAAAUAUAUCACUUUUUCAAACCAACAGCUCAAUUCAUGGAAUCAAUACUAGAAAUAAGAAUAAUCUUGACAAGGAUUUAAUGUCACUUAGUCUUGUACAAAAAGGUGUGCAUUGUUCAGGAACACACAUUUUCAAUAACUUGCCAGCAGCCAUAAAAAGCUUAACAACCAAUGAAAUUCAGUUUAAGAGAAGCCAAAAGGAUUUAUUGGUGACCAACUCCUUCUACUCCAUUGAUGAAUUUCUCAGUAGAACCAACUGAUUUGUAUGUGUGUAUGGGCAGUAGUCAGCAGUACUCACUCAGAUGGAAUAAUUACCCAACCCAUGUAACAGGAGGUUUUAGUACAUUGAGGAAUGAUGAAGAGUUAGUGGAUGUGACACUGAGCUGCGAAGGAAAGCGCAUUCGGGCUCACAAAAUGCUUCUUUCAGUGUGCAGUACUUACUUCAGAGAGCUUUUCAAAGAAAAUCCUUGCCAGCAUCCGGUAAUAAUUUUCCGUAAUGUCAAGUUUGAAGACCUGGUGGCUCUGUUAGACUUCAUAUAUCUUGGUGAGGUGAAUGUGAUGCAGGAACAGCUCACAUCCUUCCUCACAACAGCAGAACUGUUGGCAGUACAAGGUCUGUCAGAUGAUACAGUUAAAGACAAGUCAGCAGCCAUGGCUGACAGUCUCCUGCCAGAGAGAGAGCAAAUAGAUCUCACUGACUCUCCACCACCAGUGCACAAAACUGUUGCUCUGAAGAACAGUGGAUGUUCUGGGUUAUCACACAACAGGAGAGAAAUAUCAUCUCCUCGGCGACAUUCUCCAAUACCAGGUUACUGUGCAACCACAUCUGUCACAGAGUGCCACCGGGAGGCUUUGCCAAACAAGCGACGUCGGCGGUCGUCUCCUCCAAAACUGGCUGCCAUUUUUGGACUGAAUGGGAAGAGUGACGAGAACAGACAAGAAUGCCCUAUAGUACCUACAGUCUCCAGAAUAUCAGCUAAGGCACCAGCACGAGAACCUGUGGAAACCGCACCCAGCAUACCAGAACCUCAUGUCAAAAUGGAGGAUCCAGACUACAUAGAUGAUUCUCGAACUUCUGCCAACCGGGGCCAGUUAUCAGGUGGGGCAGUUCUGGAAAGUGAUACUUGUUCAAACUUGGAACAGUUUGUAGUUGCUAAAACUGAAGGAGAUUCAUCACUUGCUGUGAAUGUGGACCCUCCCGAUGCUCUAGAUGUGUAUGGCAGUAGCUCACAGGAUGUGGACGCCACAUCAGACAGCUUACCUACAGGAGAACUUCCUCAUAUUCUUGUGAAAGCUGGUCCAUCUGAGGAGAAACAAAAUGAAGAUAUGCGGCGGCGCCAGAGCUUGUGGACAGGAUCCCUCUGGCAGAGCCUUGGAUGUGGAUCAGAGCAGUCUGUGGUGCAUCACUUGACAAGGUCUUCUAUUCAUGGUAAAAUCUGCCUCCAGUGUAAAGUGAAGCAGCGAACAACAGCAAGGGGAUCAUUCAAACAGACUCGCUUCUUGUGUGCUGAGUGCAAUGUGCGAUUGUGUAGAGAACCAUGUUUUGAUGAGUAUCACAUAGAGGCGGGCAUACCCACAGCUCCGUAUUCCAGAAAUUACAGCUAAUGAGAUGAGCAGGCAUGUAGCAAUGUCUGAAGAUUUAACCAAGAAGUCUUUCCAGCAUUUGGCACUAAAGUACUUAUGAGAUUCCUGUUACCUUAUUAUUUUCAGUCCAGUGAAAUGGAAAAGAUGGUCAUGUUUGACUACACUAGUAAAAUUUAUGUUUUAUUUUAACAGUCUAUGACUGGAAUUGUUACAGGAGAUGACUUUUGUGUGCUUGUGGUUGUACAUAAUGUGAUUGAAAAAUUAUAGUAUUUCUUAAU